UUUCUUCAUUUCUCAAUAAAUCGGUCCAUAUAAAAUCACUGGAAAACCCUAAUUUCAGUCUUCUUCAAUUCCGCAGCUUAAACCUUUCAGAGUAAAGAGAGAGAGGGGGAUUGAGCUCAUCGAAAAUGGUUCAGUACAGGUUUCAUCAAUACCAAGUUGUUGGGAGAGCUCUCCCUACUGAGUCUGAUGAACACCCUAAGAUCUACAGGAUGAAGCUUUGGGCCACCAAUGAGGUCCGUGCUAAGUCCAAAUUCUGGUACUUUUUGAGGAAGCUGAAGAAGGUUAAGAAGAGCAAUGGUCAAGUUCUUGCCAUUAAUGAGAUCUAUGAGAAGAACCCUACUACAAUCAAGAACUACGGUAUCUGGUUGCGGUACCAGAGCAGAACAGGUUACCAUAACAUGUACAAGGAGUACCGUGAUACAACCUUGAAUGGUGCAGUUGAGCAGAUGUACUGUGAGAUGGCUUCUCGUCACAGGGUCAGGGCACCAUGCAUUCAGAUCAUCAAGACAGCAACAGUUCCCGAUGAGCUUUGCAAGAGGGAGAGCACCAAGCAGUUCCACAGCAGUGACAUCAAGUUCCCAAUGGUGUUCAAGAAGGUUAGGCCACCAUCCAGGAAGCUUAAGACAACAUACAAGGCAUCAAGGCCUAACUUGUUCAUGUGAGGACAGAUCUCUUGUGCCGAGUUUUAGUCAGAGACCAAAAUUUUGUCUUCAGAACAUAUUUUGAAUUAUUAUGGUUCACUAUGGUUUUAUGAUAGUUUGUCUUAGACAAGAAAUGAGUUUCACAAGCUCUAUUUGUUUUGUUUACCAUCUUAAAAGAUCUUACUUUGGCGAUUUUCAGUUUGAUUUUUGUGUUGUGGUCAAGUAUUACGGAGUAUGCAUUAGACUUUUGUAGUAGAAUCGAGUUUGUUACAUACUUGCACCAAUUGUUUUUGGA